GCGAGCGCACUGGGGAGUCCAUCCGAUUAUAACGCUGGGGAGAGAGAGCAAGAGAGAGGGCGGCUAGACUAAGCGGCUUGACAUCUGUUGAACAGGUUGGUCAGAGAUGGGCUCGAGGCUGCAUGCUUUCUGGCUGCUGCUGCUGCUGAGCUGUGCGAGCUGCCUGCUGGUGUGUGCUCACAUCCUGCUGGAGGAGCGGGGAAGGCACCCCAACGGCUCCCCCGCGGACGCCCUGCAAGAGCACGCACACACACACUCACACUCUCCCCCGGUCCUCAUCGUCGAAUUACCUAAAAGUUCGAAGAAAAAUAAAACAAAAACAGAGAAGAGGCCUAAAAAGAACAAAUACAGUGUUAAGAAAAAGCGUCCGACUCCCCCAGCUAACUGCGUGCCGCUUUGGGGCAGCUGCAAGACCCCCAACGCAGUCUGCUGUGACUACUGCGCCCACUGCCACUGCCGCAUCUUCAAGACCGUCUGCUACUGCCGUAUGGGCUACCCUGGUUGCUGA